GACCUGGCCUACGUGGUGCUGACGCAGGGCCCGUUCUGCCCGCUGGCCAUGAUGCGGCUGUAUCUGGGUGCGGCAGCAUUUAGAUACGGACGUGCGCAGUGGCUGCAGCCAAUUUGCCCUCCCGUGGCUUCAGCCACUCCGACAAUUGGGGAGUGGCUGCAGACGCUCCCCAGGUACGAUGCAGACUAUCUCCAACAACAAGCGAUGGCGGCGGGAGUGCAGGCGGGCAGGCCCGCGCACCUGACCGAGAUGGGGUGGGCGGAGCAGCUCCAGCUCGCGUUCGUCAUGCGCGGGGUGGACCGCGAGGCGGAGCGGGCCCAUGCAUGGGCCCAGAGGGCGGCAGUGCGGGCGGCGGGCCUGAGGGCGCCGAAGGGCGCUGCAUACGCCUGGGCUGCAUGCGCCCACAAGGGCCAGGUCGAGAAGAAAGUGAACACCCUGGAGCAGAACACCACCAUGUCCACCGUCAAGUUGGGCAAGGACAAGCAGGUCGGCCUCAAGAAGAGCACGUUCAUCGCAUCCGUCUUCCACGGGAGCCAGACCUUGUUCGACCAAGCCAAAGCUGAAGGCGAGGCGUGGGAGGAGAACGGCUUCUGGUACCACGACAAGAAAGAGCGGAGCAAUUCGCAAAUCAUUGCCAAGGAUAAGAUUGCCACCCAGAGGGACGUGAUCGUGCACGACGAGACGCCGAUGGCCAUCAUGGCUGAUAUGCACGAGGAGGCAGACACUGCGGCGAGGUGGAAGGCGCUCGGUGAUAAGAUCGAGAGCGGUUCGGCGCCCAGUCGCUUCCAGAGCGAGGGGAAGAAGGCGACUGAGGCUGAGGCCGACAUGAAGGUCGGCACGAGCUUGGUGCAGAAAGCGGGCAACGAGGCCGUGUGCGACGUGGCUCGUCAGGGGAUCGAGAAGCUGAAGUCGCUGGUGAAGCCGACGCAGGCCGCGGAGAUCUUCCUGGCGCGCCCUGCGGAGAAUGUCAUGGCGAAGGGGGUCGCGACGGCCAUCGAGGAGACCGCCACGCAGUACAGGGAGUGCCUCGACUACUACAGGGAGUUGGAGCGCAUGUACGAGAGCCACGUGGGCAAGAUCGAAGAGCGACAAG